CGACCCGAGAAAUGGAGAUCAAAUGAUCCCGGCGCCGGACGGGGCCAUCAGGACUGGGGCGAACCGCUCCAGGAGCGCUCCAGGAGCGCUCCACGCGGGCGUUCCAGGAGCGCUCCAGAGCGCGGCGCCCCCGAGGCCCUCCUCGCUGGACCCGCGGGCGAUGCCCGAGAGCUGCCGGCCGCGGCCUCCUCCGGGCGUGCCCUCGGCCUGCCAUGCGCCCUCUCUGGCCAGCUCCGGGGGCACGUCGGCGCCGGAGGGGCCGCCCGCGGGGCGCCCCCCUCGGGGCGCGGCGACCCACGGGCCAUGGCGGCGGGCGCCGCCGCCGCGCCGUAACGUCAGCCUAACGCAUGAGGGGCGUCGACGGCUCGGUGGCACCCCGCUCGUCGCUGCCCCUGCAGCUGCUUCUGUGGCUGGACGGACAUGUCACCUUGCUGCUCAGCGGCAUCGUGAUGGCGCUGCUCGUGGUCAAGCCGUUCUUCCUGCCGUACCCCAGGGGUAGACCCGAGGCAGAGUUCAUCCUGGCGGCCUGCCACCCCGCGGUGCAGAGCGUGCGCAUCUGGCUGGGCACUGCGGGGAACAAACAGGAGCGCCCCUCUCUGCUGGCCGGCUUCCUGUGGCUCACCGCCUGGCCCGCGCUCGUGACGUGUUUCUUCUGGAGGCUGCAGCUCUUCGGCCUCCGCCUCGAGUGCGGCGCCGCGCUCCUCGCGCUGGUGCUCACUGGGCUGGAGACGGUGGGCGGCAUCGCCGCGGCCCUGUCGUGCUGCGACCGGGUCUCGGACCUGGUGCACGUGGUCGCAGCCCCCGGCCGCGGUCGGGCGGUCCGAGUCUGCGAGCCGGCGGUCGAUCUCCCGGUGCGGCGCCGACGAGUCCUGGCCUGUGCUGUUCGGGUAGCCGUCCUGCCGGGUCGGGUCGCAGCCUCCUGCGCGGUGGUUGGCUCGCUCGCCCUGUUCGCCGUCUUCCUGUGAGAGCGGCCCGCGGCGCGGGGCCGCCGCGGACAGCAGGCAGGCGGAGUGGCCCGGAGUCGCAGGCCUGGGGGUUGGCACCAACACCAAGAUCGGCGGUGUGCCUCCACCGAAGGAAGACGAUGCCGAUCUCGGUGAUGGUGGUAAUAUUCUGGCUUCCGAGGU